UAGGCUGCAAACAUGACAGGUUCGUUCAGAUUCUAUUAUUGUUGUUUCAAAUCUUGAUAGUUUCGAGUAAACACAACAUAUAAAUAUUGGUAUGUUGAACUGUUCAAACUACUUUUUACUGAUUUCGCUAGCGAUAAUAUCGUGGAUAUUCCUAUGUCUAUCUAACUCGAAACCAUCUUACGUAAAGUUUCUCAAGGAAAAGCAGGAAACCCAAAAGACCGCGGGUGAGCUCUCCAACUGGCCGGAAACAAUUCUAUAUUCUGUGACAUCAGUAAAUUCUAGUGUGAUGAUCUACAUCGCGUGCACUCUGUUCGGGGUUUUCAUAAUAGUUAACAUCGUAAAACGGAAAAUGAACUCACUCUCUCUGACGGAAUCCAUAUCCACGAUAGAAGCAAGCGUGGUUUCCUUAAAGUAUCAAUUGUCUCAGCUGAAGCUAGAGAAGACUAGUUUGCUGACGCUGGUGAAGCAAUACAAGUUGGAAAAGAAGUUCCUGAUUCAGCACGUCACCUUCAACAAAACAAUUAUCCAGAAGCUGCUAUCAGAUUUGCGUAAUGCCAAGGAGCAAUUAGACACCCUCAGGUGCAAUUACUAUAUCAGUCCGUGUAUAUCCAGUGACAAGUCCAUUCAGAACUUCAGGCCGCAAAGCGAGCGAGUCUGCAAUUCAUCCACAGGCAUUGUUGACAAUUACUUCCGUAAUCAAAAAAACAGCAGCAGUAAGAACCUGGAUAAGUAUGAUACACUGAGGCUUACCCUAAGCAAUCGUGAUGUUAUCAACGGAGUCCUCAUGGAGGCGUUCAAUGGUGUUAGAAGUGGCAAAAACAGAAGCCAACAUUUCCCACGGAUGGGGCAUGCGAGCAAUGAGGAUCUAGUUGGUGGCAGUUCCGAGUACAAUCAACAUUCCUUCUCAGGUCAUAAGAGAAAUAAUAUGGUAAAUAUCGUAUCAACGGAUCAACUGGAGGUGAUCAAAGGACUGUAUUGAACAAUGUGACCCGCGUUCGCACCUAAAUAACUUGUGCUUACAUUUUUAGAAAGAGUGCAAUGUGUAAAUUUGCAAAUUAGUUUUUUGAACAAUUAAAUCUUAUUUAUGGUGAAAACGUGAGAUUAGUCUUAUUGAAGGUUUAUAAUAAACGACAAAAAGUCA